AUGGCCCCAAUGGAAAGGCCUGAUGUGGAAGCGCCGACUUCCAUGAUGGAGAUGCUUUGCAGGCAUUUCUUUGGGCUUGAGGCUUAUGAAAACGCCGUCUGCAUGGAUGCAGAGCAGGAAGCUUGGAUGUCCAAGCUGGUUGCAUGGACCUGCACGGUCCUUGGCUGUGAUCGCAAAGCCGAUGAACGUCGGCCCUUCCGAGUGGAUAUUUCGCAUGCCGUCGCAGCUGCCAUGACUGCGGGCACGAAGAUGAAUCCGUACGAGUGCCAGUUCAAGCUUGCCCCGGUCGUUCUGGCUGUGAACGAGGCCCUGGCCACGCUCCGAGAGGGCAAAGAAAAAACGGGUGAGAUUGAUGCAAAGCGAAAGGCUGUGUUCGAGCAGGGUGAGAAUAUGAUCCACCAGCUGAGGGCGAAGCUGGAGCGGGGCGAGAUCACCGAGGACGAGUUGCACAGCAAGUCCAAGGUUGUGGUACGGUGGCAGUCCACGAAGGACUCGGAGCUGGAUCUGGCUUUUUCAGAGCUGGACUCGCAGCUUUGCUCCAAGGUGGAGGCCGCAUGCGACUUCAUUUUGGACGCCUGGAAAGCGAUUGCUGCACCUGGGCACAUGAUGCCCAUCCCGGAGCAAGACGAGGACGUCUUGAUGGAGUUGGAGAUGGCGCUGGCAUCUUCCGAGAAGGACAACGAGCAGAACAGCGACCAGACGCAGUCGCAGACGGACGGAUUGUCGCCGGUUCCUGUCAUCGCGACCCAGGCCGGCGGACGCCUGGAGGACUUGUUCAUCGAUUAUGUCAAGUCCAAUGCUGAUUGGAUGCAGAGUUCCCUGGUGAUGACUGUGACAUCCAAGACCGCGAAGGAGCUCAAAAUGGAGGAAGACUACAUGAUGUUUAAGGACCUCAAGCAAAAGUAUGGGGCAGUCACUGCAAAAGCCAUCCGCGACGAGAAACGAGGGCUGCAAGAGCAGCUCGACAAGAAGCCAGACCCGCAGAUGCUGCCUUGGAUCUUGGCCCACCCCGAUUUGCCCGGCAGCGAAGACCAUGAGCUCGUGAGGGUGUGGGAAAGUGCGAAGAUUACGUCGAGCAACAAGAACUCCACGGAGGCGACCAUCACUACGCAGAUGGAGUUGACCGGGCAGCAGACCCGGGAGAUUCUGCCGGCGGCGAUGCGGAGCGCUGCCUCUGCGGCGUGCCUUCCAACGCCGCAGGGGCUGAUGAGUCGGGGAUCAGCUGAGGAUUUGGCUGCUCAGGCCGAGGAGUACAAGAAGCUUCGCAAAGCGGGGAAGGGCGGCUUCGCUAACCAGGUGAAGAGCAAGAGCAAGAUUGCGAAUGACAAGCUGGAGGAGCUUGCGGGACUCAGAGAACAGCUAGCUGCGAAGCCAGCCCACAUGUCUGAGCCUUUGCGGAUCGGCUACGAUGCCGAGCUGGAACUGCACGACCAGGCCUUGAAGGAAGCUGUCGAGCAAGGCUUGGGUAGUGUUGUAUAUGAAUCACUCCGAAAGGCAGAUGAUCUGGAUGAGGCGCCGGAGAAGCAGCAGGCUGUCCUGGAAGCCUUGGCUGAGAAAGUCAAGUCAUACCAGGAUGCUGCAUCCAUGAUCAAGAAGAAAAUAGCGGAGCCGAAGGCGAAAAGUGAGCCCAAAGGGAAAGCCAAGGCGAAAGCGAAGGGAAAAUCCAAGGCGAAGGCAGCUGCCAAGUGA